AUGACGGCGCCGGGGCCCUCUGUAGCUUCUUCGCGGAGGCAAUAUGAGGCCUCAGGCUUGCUGCAGCUCCGCCGUGAAGCAAAUGACCGACGCCCUCAAAACCUCCAGCAAAAUUCUGGAGAGCGCAUGCAUGCACAGCAGCAGCAGCAGCCACUAGCGGAAGCCGCGCGGCCGCUGCAGCAGCAGCAGCAGCAGCAGCAGCAGCAGCAGCAGGGUUUGCUGCGGCUGGGGACUGCAGGCGACGGCCUGGGGGACGGGCCUGCGCUGUCUGUACACUCCGUGAGGAGCCAGCGGCAGCGGCAGCGGGAAUGUGUGACAAUAGCCCACACGCAGCAGCAAGCAGCAGCAGCAGCAGCAGCAGCAGCAGCAGCAGCAGCAGCAGAGGAGACGCGGCAGCUGCCGGACUACCUGACGAAGCCGGUGGCUGUGCAGCUGGGGCUGGAGCCGGACCGCAGCCCCGCGGAGCAGCAGCAGCUGCAGCAGCUGCAGCAGCAGCUGCAGCAGCGGCUGAACCCGCAGCAGCAAAGAGCAGCAGAAGAGCGGCGGCAGCUGCAGCGCGUCUUGGGCUCCACAGAAGAGGCCCUGCAAAAGGGCUUUGCUGCUGCAGCAGCUGCUGCAGCAGCUUUCCCGCUGCUGCAGCAAGCAGCAGGAGGGGUUAUUGGCAAGCCAGAGUUCUUAGAAGGGACCCGCCUCGGAAAAGGGCACAGAAACCGAGAGCUAUACUUGUCGUCGUCGUCGUCGUCGUCGAGCAGCAGCAGCAGCAGCAGCAACGCGUUCUGCAACCCCGCACUCGCCCCGCGCACCCCCCGCUACGUCUCCUCCAGGUGGCUCCGAACCAAACCAGCAGCAACAGCAGCAGCAGCAGCAGCAGGGGCAGCAGCGGGGGCAGCAGCAGCAGCAGCAGCAGCAGCGGAGCCAGGGAAGCAGCAGGCCAGCGGCGAGACGCUGGGAUUCACUGAGCUGAUCACUUCCAUGGCCCUUGAACGCGAGAGCGCGCCGGUGGCGCCUCUGGUGCGGGUAAUCCGCGUGGGCAAGACUAAACCCUUGGUGACAGAAUUAGUGUUUGAAGAUGCUGCUGCUGCUGCUGCUGCUGCUGCUGCUGCUGCUGCUGAUGUUGAUGCUGCAUUUGUGAGGGAGAAAAAGCCUUCCAAAGACAUGGCUGUGCAGACAAAUGCAGCAGAAAACAAACCAGAAGACACGAAAAAUCCAAGCAAAGCUGCUCCGCGCAGCAGCAGCAGCAGCAGCAGCAGCAGCAGCUGCAGCAGCGGCAGCGGCUGCAGCAGAGGCGACGGCAUCUGGGACUCGAGCUCUUCUGUUUCCUCGCAUUCCUUCAGCUCGAGCACAGACCUUUCCGAAGCAGAGCCAGGGUCACCUGCUGCAGCAGCAGCAGAAAGCAGCAGCAGCAGCAGCAGCAGCAGCGAAUCUCCCGACCCGCAGCAGCAAGAAAUAGAUAGCUGGCAGCAAGCCCUUGACAGCUACACCCAAACCUACCACCAGCCCCUUGCUGAUGUGCUGCAGGGGCUGCCGCAGCGCUACCUGCCGCCGCUAAAUCCUGCUGCUGCUGCUGCUGCUGCUGCUGCUGCUGCUGCUGCUCUUAUUGCUGCUGCUGCUGCUGCUGCCGUUUGA